AUCAAAUUGGUGCUCUCGUUGAGAGAAGAGAAACAUACUCGUAGGUGGACUCCCGGAAGCGAGAAUGGUGCAAACAAGGAGCAACGUCCCCACCAGCCAGGUAGUAGGCGAGGAGAUGGCGCCGGGAAGCGGCAACGGCACGGGCGGCAUAGGCUCGACUCCGGACGUGGUCCAGGCGUUGUUCGGCUUGGGGGUGACCGCGGAGCAGCUCCAGGCAGCCGUUGCGGCACUUUCCGCCAUGGGCGGGAACGUGCCCGGCGCCGGAGCUGGUAAAGCCCCACCCGGUCCCCAUGUCGAACACGCUGCCACUUCCCAACAUAGGGGGAAGAAGACCCGAAGGAGCAGGAGGAGGCCCGGCAAAGCCCAAGUGUUCGAGGAGGUAAUAGUGGAGGACGUUCCCGAAGGGGAGGACGACGAGUCCAGUGAGUGUAGAAUCUCAGCCUUCAAACGUUUGGGAGGCGAGGAUACCCGAGUGUCGGCAUUCGACCGACUCAACCGCGGUCCGGAAGGCCGUCUAGGUGAUCUUCGCCGGCAGAUCUCCGAGGGUAGGCGAAGGAACGGGGAAGAAUCCGCGACCUGGGAUGCGCGCUCGGCGAGACCUGAGCGAACCGAAGGCCGAAGGGACGAGCGAACUCAGCGUCGCCAGAGCCCAUCCAGAACCGAGGGGACUAAGAUCCCUGAACGGGGUAUGACUGAGCUUGCGCACGAGAUUGCCGAGCUCAAACGCCGAGUAGAGACAAAGUCCCCCUACAGCCAGCCCAUCUUGCGCACGGUAACCCCGUUCACACCGAGGGUGAUGUCAGUCCCGCUGCCGACAAACUUCCGUCCGUGGCAGAUCAAGGCUUACAGCGGGACGACGGAUCCCGAGGAUCACUUGUCAAAGUUCUACGCUUCAAUGGAGGCGGCGGCAGCCCCGGACGAGGUCAAGUGCAGGUGCUUCCUCGCGACGCUAGAGGGGUCCGCGUGCGAUUGGUUCAACCGGCUCCCAAAGGGAACUAUUGACGAUUGGGAUACGCUGGCGGAGAAGUUCUUGACGCAUUUCGCGGCCAACCGAAGGCAGAGGCUCCCUUACUCCCACCUGCUCAACAUAUGCAUCCGCAAGGGAGAGAAGGUCCGCGACUUCAUAGUCCGGUGGGAGAAGGAAGCCAGAGACGUGCAUGGGGCGGAUGACCAGGCGUUGGUUGCCAUGUUCCAAGCAGCCCUCCCCCGCAGAGAGGAGUUUGAUGACGCCAUGGAAUCCGAGGCCGCGCCGGCUAAGCGAACUUCAGUAGAUUCGGGAGAGGCCGCGAAGAAGAGGAAGAAGAAGAAAGACUAUACCGCGGGCCCGAGGACGCCCUCGGCCGGAGUAUACUCUGUGGGCGCUCCCGUGGGGGUGGGUCGAGAGCUUGCCCUCUCCCCGCUCUCCCACGUAGAGGCUUACGCGGUGUCCAGCGGAACUAAGUAUUGCGAGUACCAUCGUAACAACACUCACAACACUAAGGAAUGUUUCACUCUCCAAAAGGAGAUGCAGAGACUCAUCGCCCGAGGGCCGCCUCCCCGUGAUGAUGGAGCAGCCCCAUCUCGGGGGCCGCCGGAAGGAAGAACUUGGAGAAAGCCGGCCGAACCGGUCGCGGUGGCCACGCAAGCAAGGAACCCCGAGAAGAGGCACAUUGGGCGAGAGUAUGAUGAUCUAGACGAGGACGAAGCCCAAGGAUAUCCGGUGGGAUUCAUCCAUGGAGGAAACAUCGGCGGGGACUCCGCCUCUCAAAGGAAGAGGUGGAAGCAUAUGGCCUUUGUCGCCAAGGUCCAUCAGGCGCCGGCGCCCAAGCUCGGAAGGCGAGAGCAAAUCCAGUUCACGGAGAAGGACCUCCCGAGCACGCCGAGCCCCCACCGGGAUGCCCUAGUCGUGAAGAUUGAAAUCAAUGACUCCAUAGUGCACCGCACCUUGGUAGACACAGGAAGCUCGGUUAACAUCAUGUAUGAAAAGACCUUCCAGGACCUCGGCUUGGACCGCAAAGACUUGAGGCCCGUGCGCACUCCUCUCUCCGGGUUCACGGGGGACUCCAUUGAGGCCGAAGGAGUCAUCACCGUGCCCGUGAUAGUAGGGGAUGGGGCGCACAAGGCUAAGCUGAAGAUGGAAUUCAUGUUCCCCACCCCGUCCGGGAUUGGUGUGGCGAGGGGAGAUCAGAAGUUAGCUCGAUCGUGCUACGUCCGAAUCACGAAGAAGUUGCCAAGGGACGAGACGUUGGUCGUGCAAGCACAAGAAGGGGAGCGGAAGCUAGAAGCACGACCGAAGGCCGAGCCCGCCGAAGAAGUCGAGGAGGUGCUGCUCGACCCUCGAACACCCGAGCGGAAGGUGAAGGUCGGGGCCAAGCUGGUCCGAACGAGGGCACCGGGAUACACGUUGGAAGGCGAGAAGCUAUACAAGCGAGCGUACAACGGGACGCUACUCAGGUGCCUUAGACCAACUGAAGCAAAGCAGGUUAUGGAGGAAGUGCACGCCGGGAUUUGCUCCGCCCACCAGGGGGCUUACACGGUGUCAAGGAAGAUAACCCUCCAAGGAUAUUUUUGGCCGACGAUAGUCAAGGAUUGCGCAGAGUUUGUGAAGAAGUGUAAAGUCUGCCAAGAAUUCCAGAAAGUGCCGGGGAGGCCUUCAACCAACUACACCCCCAUCAGCACGGCCAUCCCGUUUGCGCGAUGGGGGGUGGAUCUCGUGGGUGCACUCCCUAGGGGAACCGGGAGUGUGAGGUACGUCAUCGUAGCCAUCGAUUACUUCACUAAGUGGGUGGAAGCAGCUCCACUGGCGAGCUUCACCGGAGCCCAAUGCCAAAAGUUUCUCGCAAAACAAGUCAUCUGUCGGUUCGGGGUCCCCGAGCACAUAAUCACAGACAAUGGCACACAAUUCGAGUCCAGGCCCUUAAAUGCCUUCCUCGAUAGUUGGGGAAUCAAGCAUAGCUAUGCUUCGGUCGGGUAUCCCCAGACGAACGGUCAGGUGGAGAACGCCAACCGAACGAUAAUCGAUGGUCUGAAACGGAAGCUGGAAGCCUGCGGAGAGGAGUGGGCUGAAGAAUUGCCCUACAUCCUAUGGACCUACCGGACCACGCCGAGGAGGGCGACCGGGGAAACCCCCUUCGCCCUGUGCUACGGAUUUGAGGCAAGGGCCCCCGCUGAAAUUUCUAUUGCAACACAUAGGGAGGAGAUCUUCGACCCCGAGCGCAACGAAGAAACCUUGGCAGCCGAGCUCCACCUCGUGCACGAGAGGCGAGAAGCGGCCUUCAUACGGGCGGAAAAUUACCGAAGGAAGGUGAAGAGCUACCAUGAUGGACGUGUGCGCGCACGGGGGCUCACUGAAGGAGAUUGGGUCUUGCGCAAGAGGGCGGUGAGCCGCCCCCUGGAAGGGGGAAAAUUCGCCAAAAAUUACGAAGGCCCAUACAUCAUUAAAGAAGCGGUGGGUUCGUCGACAUUCCGCCUGCAGACGCCGAGCGGAGGAGACGUGCCCAGGACGUGGAAUGCUGAGAACCUAGUCAAGUUUUAUCAGUAGAUUUCCGAUGUACACGGACCCCAAAGCAGGGAACCCGUAGAUCCUUUUGGAGGGACAAUGGAAUGAAGUUUUAUUCUUUGC